ACUCUGCCUUGCCAGUCCAUGGUUGCAAUGGGUGUACCAGUCUUCAUACUCGCUGGGCUUCUCGUGCACUUGGUGUUUUUGGUCUCCAUUUUUGACAUCUACUUCAGCUCUCCCCUGGUUCAUGGCAUGACUCCUCAACAGACUCCACUGCCCCCUCCAGCAAAACGUCUUGUACUCUUUGUUGCUGAUGGUCUGCGGGCGGAUUCGCUCUAUCAGCUGAACAGCAAUGAAAUGCCCCAAGCACCUUACCUGCGGGGUAUUCUAGAGAAUAAUGGCAGCUGGGGAAUCUCUCACACCCGGGUUCCAACAGAAUCCAGGCCAGGGCACGUUGCACUUAUAGCUGGAUUUUAUGAAGAUGUCAGUGCAGUUGCUAAAGGAUGGAAGGAGAAUCCAGUGGAAUUUGACUCUGUGUUCAAUGAAAGUAAAUAUACUUGGAGCUGGGGAAGCCCAGAUAUUUUGCCAAUGUUUGCAAAAGGUGCUACUGGAGAUCAUGUUUAUACAUUCUGUUACUCACCAGAGAGUGAAGACUUUGGAGCACAAGAUGCAGCCAAGCUAGACACGUGGGUUUUUGAUCAUGUUAAGAGCUUCUUGAAUUCUUCCAGAAGCAAUCAAACAUUGUUCUCUGCACUGAAUGAAGAGAAAGUGGUUCUGUUCCUGCAUUUGCUGGGCAUAGACACAAACGGACAUGCUCACCGGCCAAACUCAAGGGAAUACAAGGAGAAUAUUAAAAAAGUUGAUGAAGGUGUAAAGGAAAUUGCUUCAAUGAUUGACAAUUUCUAUGGAAAUGAUAGGAAAACUGCAUUUAUUUUAACUUCUGACCAUGGAAUGACAGAUUGGGGCUCCCAUGGAGCUGGUCAUCCCUCAGAAACUUUAACACCACUGAUUGUUUGGGGUGCUGGUGUGAAUUAUCCACAGAGAGUCACAUCCCAGUUCUUUGAAGACAAUUUUUUGAAAGAAUGGAAACUAGAGAACUUGAAGAGGCUGGAUGUCAAUCAGGCUGAUAUUGCACCACUGAUGGCUUCCCUUAUUGGUGUGCCCUUCCCCCUGAAUUCAGUGGGAACUCUGCCUGUGGAAUAUCUGAACAAUAGUGCUCAUUUCAAAGCAGAGAGCAUGUUUACCAAUGCUGUUCAAGUUCUUGAGCAAUUUAAGGUUAAGAUGUAUCAGAAAAAGAAAACUACACUGUCAUUUCUGUUCACACCAUUCAAAGCGCUUUCUGAUGCUGAACAGAUCAACUUUUUGAAGAGAAUCAGACUGUUUAUUCAGCAGCAGGAGUACGAUGCAGCGGUAUCUCUGUGCAAAACCCUAAUUAAGCUUGCUUUGGAGGGCUUGUCUUACUACCAUACUUACGAUAGAUUAUUCCUGGGUCUGAGUAUUACAUUGAGUUUUGUGGGCUGGACGACUUACGUGAUUUUGAUGAUUGUCAAGACCCAUACCAAUCUGAUCAAGACUGUCCAGACCAGUAAGAAGAAAUCUACUCUUCUCUUCUACUGUUUUGCCUUUGUUGGAAUGAUGAUAGCUUUUUUCCUGUUGAUUCAAACAUCUCCUUGGACAUACUACAUAUACUGUCUCUUGCCGGUACCAGUAUGGUAUGCAGUUGUGAAAGAACUUCCUGUUAUUCAAGGCCUUGCCACAAAUCUCCUGUCACUUCCUAUCAGUCAGUCUGUAGGAUUCCUCUUUGUGUGUACGCUCGGAAUUGAAAUUCUUGUCUUCAGCUUUUUUUACCGCUCUACACUUAGUAUUGGUCUUGUGGUCUUUGCUGGCUGGCCAGUGAUCACUCAGCUGUGGGUUCAAGCAAAGAGAACAGUAUUGGUCUGGAUUCUUCUUUGUGUGCUCCUGGCAGUAUUUCCCUUAAUGCCUGUUGUAGGAAGAGAACCAAACAUUUCUCUGGUAACAGCAGCUGGUUUACUGACUCUUUUGAUCUCUUGCUUCUCACUGGCCUCUCUUUGUGGAAGUGAAAAUAAGUACAGGAAUAACAAAGAUCUGAAGCUACAUUUUUACCAGAUGUUGAGUAUUGCACUUUCAACAUACGUUGUGAGCAGUACCCAUGAGAGUCUUAAGAACAAACAAGGGUUGCCUUUAUUGAAUCAAAUCAUUAGCUGGAUGACUCUAGUUUCUUCCCUGCUGUUGCCAUUACUGAGUCCCACGUUUCUCUUUCAGCGACUCUUCAGCAUAUCGCUCUCCCUGAUGUCCACCUACCUGCUCCUCAGCACAGGGUAUGAAGCUCUGUUUCCACUGGUGCUGUCUGGUGUGAUGUUUGUGUGGAUAAAUAUGGAGCAAGAAGCACUGCAGCACUAUGGCCUUUCCCUCAAACCAAAGCUUGCUGGUUUCAACUUUGCCUGUGCCACAGAUAUAACUCAGUUUCGACUGCUUCACCUAGAUGAUAUCCGCAGGUCUUUCUUCUUUGUUUUCUUCUUAGUGACAGCCUUUUUUGGCACCGGAAACAUAGCUUCUGUUAAUAGUUUUGAUCCUGCUUCUGUCUAUUGUUUCUUGACUGUGUUCAGUCCCUUCAUGAUGGGAGGCUUGCUUGUGCUGAAGGUUGUAAUCCCAUUUGUUUUGGUAUCCUGUGCUUUCGAAGCUAUCCAAGUCACAACACAGCUGUCUUCAAAGAGCCUUUUCCUCAUUGUUCUUGUGAUUUCAGACAUCAUGGCUUUGCAUUUUUUCUUUCUGGUUAAGGAUUAUGGGAGCUGGCUGGAUAUUGGAACAAGCAUUAGCCAUUAUGUGCUGGUGAUGUCGUUGACCAUAUUUAUGAUGCUGAUGAAUGGACUAGCCCAGCUGCUGACUACCCAGAGACUUGAACUUCCCAGAAGGACUAAGCACCAUCCCAUGUGAUGAUAAAGCAAUAAGUGUGCCUGCUUUGUUUUGCUCCUCAGGCUUCCUCAGAACCAACCUCCACCUCAAGAAUGUAAAUGUAUAAAAACCAGCCAAAAUCCCAUCCAGGGAUCAGAGUGCUCUGCUGAUACAGAUGAAAUGCCGUCCUGUGAACUGAAAUUUGCCCUUGGAGAUUGCCAUUUAGACAUCAACUGGGCUAAAAAAGCCUCAGCUUUAUUCCCUCAGUGGAUGUAUUUCUUGAAAAUAAAAGCAGCGAUGAAAUUAUUUUUGCAAAGAAAGAGGCAGCUCUCUUGUCUGGCGGUGGUGUUACAACUUGUCUGCCAGCUCUUUGUCUCACAUGUGCUCACUCUUGUUAGGACUCUGCAAAGUCCUAGCUUCAUUUCAUGUCUGACAUAAGCAUUUUGCAGACUGAAGCAUAAAUGAAAUCAGUCUGGGCAAAUCACCGAUGAGUCUGAGGUUUUGUGGCACAUGCAUUUGGAUAUUUCUGAAACUAGCUGUGGAAGUGUGUCGAUGUGCCUGUGAGGAGAUGUUCAGACAGGUUAAGACUGGCGUGCUGCGAGGCUAUUGCUGUAAGCCAACAACUUUUAGCUAACCUCACUGUGAACUGCUGCUGCUGACUGUGCUUUCCUGCUGCCUCCAGUGCCUGGGCAGGCUAAGCAAGUAUGCCAGCGCAAGUAAUUAAUCCAAAUGCAAAGGAACCUCAUGAAAGAACUAUAAAAUACUCAAAUUCCCUGGUCCAGCUUGUGCCAGGGCAGGCAGGAAGGUUAUGGCUGAUUGUUUCAGUGGCAGCCCAGAGUUAGAUCAGCAUAAGGAGGUCAUGAAAUUGCAUCUGGAGAUGGUGGUUUGCAUAGAGAGAUGGCACACAGAGACUCGUCUCCUGUAUUUCCUUGUUUUCUUUUCCACUUGUGUUCUGCUCCUGCUUACAAGCAUCAGCCCUAGUAAUGGCCACGCCGUGAAUCAAGUGCUGACACAGUCUCCCGAUUGUACGCUGAUGUCAUGAGUGCAAAGAGCCAGAGUGCUUGGAGGCUUUGCUGUUGUGGAUGCUUCUGAGACCCAGGAAUUGUAAAUCCAGUGGAUGAGGCUUUGAGAUAGACUUGUGAUUUUGCAGCCCUUACACAACAGCAAGCAUCAGCUUCUCUACCACUAGCCCACAGUUAAGUAGUACAAACUACAACACUGGCCUACAGCUCAAUGCUUCACUGUUCCCUGAAGUCAUUUGUUGUGAGAAUUGCACCAAAAUUGUGUCUUUUGAAGCAAAAAAUUUAUCUCCAGCUCAGCAGAAGGCUGGUACAGAGCUAAACCUCUUGUCUUUGAAACAGCUUUUUUUGUCUACACCAUCACUAGGAAGACCUUUGAAACAGAUUCCUUUGCACAGAGAUGGAAGUGAGUGAAAGAAAAGAUUUUCUGCUCCCUGCCCUGUUGUAUGGUGGCACCACUGAAAAUUGUGCUCUGUGGUAUCCCUGAGUCACACUCCCAACUUGCAGCUACGCCUUCCUAUCUGGGAGCUGAUACAUGUGGUAUGGGAUGCUGGCAGCCAAGGCUAGACAUUUGUCAUGAGGGCUGCUCCAGCCAUCUGGCAUUUGUCUGUUUAGCACUCUGGAAACUACUCAUUCCUCCACAGGAAGUUUGGCUGGGAGAAACCAGUCACAAACCUCCAUCUGCUUGUUGAGUGCUAGAAAAAUACCAGCCGUGGGCCUGCAGUCAUCCAUGCAGCUUUGGAGUGCCUCUUGAGAGUGGCCGAGUGUUGGAGAGGGAGAAAUUUUUCCACUAGGUAGUGGUCCAGUGGCCCUACUGGGUGUAUUGUUAGUACAGAUGGCCUCAUGCGCAGAAGAUUCUCUGACACUUCGCAGCUGGAGCUGAGGGGUGUGCCCCACCCUUACACCAACAUCGGAUGG